UAUGUAUAAGGCAAGGGCAAGGGUAGAAACGUAUACUUUUCUAUCUCUUCAUUUCUCUAAUCUGUAAUGGAGCGUAAGGAAGCAUCAGUAUCUCCUGAGCUAGAGGCUCAUACAACUCCUUACGAGUCUCCAAUCAUCGUCCUAUCCGUAGGCCCAAAGGAUGACAACCCAGUCCUAUUCCACGUUCAUAAGGAGAAACUCACCCAUAUACCAUUCUUCAAAGCGGCUUUUCGAGAAAAUGCUUUUGCUGAAGGCCACCAAGGCGAGGUCAAUUUCGAGGACGGAGACCCUAUCUUGUUCCGUCGAGUCGUUGAGUUUAUAUAUGAAGGCGACUACUUUCCGCGUCAGAAACUGCUACCCGAAGCAUCCCUUAGCUUUGAGGUACCACUAAGAGUUAAAGGCAUAGCAUUGGAUAGUAAAGAGGAAGAUUACGUCCCAUCUCUCGCCGUUGAAAUGGCGUCGGGAACAUACCUUGCUACGGCCGAAACCCACCAGCUGUUCAUGAUGGUUUCAAAACUUCUGUGUGUUGCAGACCGUUACCUCAUUGAAGAUUUGGUAGAAAUGAGCUUUCGAAAGUUGAAGAGUUUCCCUAUUGGCACCAAAGAGCUAAUUGCCCUUGCCGAACAUAUUGUUAGGAGCAUCCCUGAAACCAGGUUCGAUAUUCACAAGUUUCUCGCGGACCAGGUCUACCUCCAUCUUCCUCGGCUUAGAAACAGCCCAGAGUUUAGAUCACUCCUAGAAAGCGAGACGUCUAACCUAGGCCAGGGGCUUAUUGGAUUAACUAUGAACACCUUGUUAUCUGGUCAAGGACGCUACUUUGAAGAAGUUCUAAAGACUAAUACCAAAGUAGUAAUAUGUAUUACGGACGUGACGGUGGAUGAGUGUAUAGAGAAAUAUGGUAGUGACGAUAAUUUUCCAGUCAAAUUUGGGGCAGCUGUGGCCGGCCAGGUACUUAUAAGUGAUGGAACAGUGGACUCGAGAAAUAUGAUGUGUGCUGAAUAUGUUCUUGAUGGGCCGACACUAGCCUUUCCCGCGUCUUCUUUUAAGUUGUUAGCUGAAGCUAGUUUUACAGCCAGGUAGGGCAUGUUAGUUUUCACAAUAAACUUAUGUUUGGCGCCGGCACGCAGUUCCGUGGGUUGCAGAAGCCGGCGUUAGAGGCAAUCAUGAAGCACGACAGCCCCAUAUUGAUCGUGAUGGGGACGGGGGUGGGGAAGUCGAUGUUGUUCCAGAU